CUCUUUUUCUUUUUCUUUUUCUUAAUAUAUUAUAUAUAAAAAAAUAAAAUGGCUUAUCAAUCACCUCCUCCUACUCAUUACGGUACACCCGGUCAAAAGCCUGCUCAAGUACAAGGCCAACAAGGCUAUGGAGCACCCCCACCAGGCCAAUAUGGCGCCCCACCUCCUCAACAAGGUGGUUACGGUGCUCCUCCUCCACAAGGUCAAGGACAAUAUGGAGCACAAGGUCAAAGACCUUAUGGCGGUGGUGCUCAGCAACAAGGACCUCCUCCCGGUGUUGAUCAACAACUCUGGUCUUGGUUCAAGGCAGUUGAUACUGAUGGUUCAGGACAACUUUCUGCCGAUGAACUCCAAAGAGCUUUAAUUAACGGUGACUGGAGUCCCUUUAAUAUCGAAACAGUCCGUUUAAUGGUCAAUAUGUUUGAUGCUGAUAACAGUGGUACUAUCAACUUUAAUGAGUUCUCUGGUUUAUGGAAGUAUAUUGAAGAUUGGAAGAGAUGUUUCCAAGCAUUUGAUGCUGAUCGUUCUGGUAGCAUUAACCAAUCUGAAAUGGGUAAUGCUUUAAGAUCGUUUGGUUUCAAUGUUUCUCCAAAGUUUAUUGCUACUUUGAUCCAAAAGUUCGACAGAUAUGCUACUAUUAAAAACACAGGAAAGGGAGACGUUUCUUUCGAUAACUUUGUGCAAGCUUGUGUUACCAUGAAGACCUUGACUGACUCUUUCAGACAAUUCGAUAAUGACCAAGAUGGCUGGAUUCAAAUCAAUUACGAACAGUUUUUGGAUCUUGUCGUUCGCCAACGUGCCUAAAAAAAAUGCCAUUUCUUGUUUACAUGCAGUGUAAAACCGCGCCAAGGACGGAUUUUGAAAUAAAAUAACUACACAGGACGAACCUUUUUUUUUCCUCAAUGCUCAGAUUUUACUUAUUGCCAAAAGCAUAUCAUGUCAUUGAUGAUGUAAAUGUGUAUGAUGUUAUUUUCUGACCAUGAUUUAUUGACAAGUAUGUCAGACCAUCACGUCGUCAUCGUCCAACUUAUUCUCCUUGUUUCCAUGACAGCUGUUAUGCGACUACUCAUCAAUCUCUUUCUCUUAAUGCUAUUGCAAGUGAGAAUCCUUGUCAUUUAGCAUUAGAAUUAUCUACUUUGUAGGAUUCAUAGACUUGUUUCAGCUUGAUCUAUC